CGUUCGGGCUGACUCUGACACCGUCUCUGUUCAGUGUGUUCAUCGCGCGGUGCUGGGUAUGAGCUACCUCAGUCAAUUCCGACUCCAACAGGCACCUGUACCAUUGUUCCCCCGGGCUGCUACAUCUAGCCUGCCGUCAUCCCCACUUGCGGCACGAACACCACUUCGGUCAGUCACACGAGGCGAGGUCAGACGACGGAUCGAAUCUACAGAGUCGGAGGCUGAGACCAAGCGGCUCAAGACUUGCGCUACAGACGUUUGCAGGACCAAUGGGUUACCUGAUGAUGCGCUAGAAGAAUUUGCUACAAAACCCGAAAAGGAGAUGCUACUUAACAUCAUGGGGCAUCUCAUUGCCCUAGACAAGCGAAAGGCGAGAGAUGAUGCUCGUGAGCUCAUUAGCUCGGCGGAAUUCAAGCAAUCACUCACCGACAGGCUUCGCGCUUGCCUAUUGUCUCCAAAUCUCUCAGGAUAUGUGACGCACUUGUCUCAGAACCUCUUCGAAUUCGUAAAGAAACACCCUUCUGUAUUCAAGAUACCCCUCGCCGCCCUGCAGGAUCUCGAACUUAUGAAUAAGUUGGACUCGAUGAUUAAGGAACUGCUUACGCAGCAGCGCGGAAGCAUGAAACAAAAGAUCGUUACUUCCGCUGAUAGAGGAUCAAAUAUCCAUGCGCUCUGUCGGUCGUUAUCAGGUAACUGCACCGAGAUUACUUCAGCACACUGGUCUUGUGUGGCCUUUCUGCGUUCUUCACUGAUCCAAUUCUGGACUGUCGUUGCAGAGAGCGCAAAGUCCCAAGAGGAAGUCACUUUGAACAGCAACCAUGAACACGUGCCGGCAGAUAUGGAAGGUGACGAGGCCGAUUCCAGCCCUUCAACGAUCACACAGUGCACUUGGACGUUUAAUCAAUACUGGAGCUAUAUCGACGUUCUUUUGGGUGAGCUCAGGGACGACGCUAAGAAGAAUACAUCUACGACACAGGCAGCUGAAGAAUUCGUUAAACAAUUUUUCACAGAGGUCCUCCAAGCUGACUUACGAAAAUACCCGAGUACAACGUCCCUCGCUCCAUCCCUCGACUCCAUGACUGUGGACUGGCAAAAGACAAUUCAUAGCAAACUUAUUUGGUGAUUCUUAUGUUAUGUCCUACUAUACUUUAGAUACACCGUGAUAAUAAUGAUGGAUUGCUCCCAUAUUUUUUACCGUCGCUGGAAGUUUAUGUUCUGAUAUAUAUAUAUAGUUGAGUUUUAAUGUCAC